CGUCUCCAGGCGGUGGGUGGUAUUGAAAGCUGUAGCUAUCGUUGAAGCCCCGGAGUUGGGUUGAUGCACAGAAUAGUUACUGCGGACCUAAAUAUUUAGCGUGCGGACUUACAGCCUACGUUCUUGCUACGAUAGUGAUCAGCAUAAAUUAUUAGCCGCUCGAACAAUAUAGUUCGCCAUGCUCAUGACAUGAUUCUAAGCACUCUAUCUUAACACAGUCAGAACCCCAUUGGCAAUGACGAGCCUAGGCAUCACCAUCAGGCAGCACCCCUUUCCAUGUUGCCGGCAGCAUGACCUUAUAACCAUGCAUCCAUCCCAUUAUGCCCAAUCUCUCUAUCCACCCUUCCCACCGAGUUGAUUCGUGAAAUAAACUUCUAUCUCAAACUAGGAGAUCUCAUUAGUUUCUCCCAAACAGCACGCGUCUUCUAUAACAUAGCCAUUCCAAGAAUCCAUAAAGCUGCUGUCAAGCAUGUCUAUCGCAAUAAAGAUAUACUGUAUCUUCGCCCCAUAGCAAGAGGUGGUUUUGUCAAAGCACAUCAAACAGUUCUCGAAUGGGCAGCCAAAAGAGGGCUCGCACGCCUCGCAGAUACCCUGUUGAAGCAGGCUCCGGAGAAAACGUUCUCGUUUCUAAACUACAGAUAUUCGCUCCAGUUAGCUACCGAGCAAGGCUUGAAGUCAACUGUGGAACUACUGUUUGAAAAAGUCAGGUGGCCGUUUACAGGCGGACAGGGAUGGAAAAAUCCCCUUUCACAAAGCUGCCUGUACAAGCCACUUUCCAGUCGUGAAGUAUCUCCUGGAACUAGGCGUUGAUGCCGCCGCUCUUCAACGCCGCGGAUACAAUGCCAUGGAUAUGGUCGCUGCACGAGGAGACAUGGAAAUGGCGCGCUUGUUGGUGGAUGCGGGGGUUGCUGUCUCGCAAGGAGACUCACCCUUUGGGCGUUCAUCGAUCCACUACGCGGCCGCCGGGGGGCAUAAGGAGAUGGUAGAAUUUCUUAUGAAAGAGGGGGCAGAUAUUUCGACUAUCGAUGUGCAUCGACGGACUGUGCUCUUCAAUACUACGGUGCCGGACAUUUACGAUAGUACUUCUGGCUCGGUAAUUGCUAUUCCAGCACCCAGUGGAGGCAACGCUGAGGUGGUAAAGUUAUUUGCUUCUUUAGGUGUUGAUCCGUCUCUACUCGAUGUGAGAGGCAUGUCUAUACUCCACGCACUAUGCGAGAAGGGCUAUACUACAGAGCUCAAAGCGCUUCUUGAUAGCGGCGUCGUCGACAUCGCCAUCCAACACUUGGCAGGAUUCACGGCACUCCACCACGCUGUUUACUCGGGCCACAGGGAAGUCGUGGAUAUUCUUCUUGCCGCUGGAGCUGAACUCAACGUUAUAGAUUCUAAUGGGCGGUCCUUAGUCCAUGUUGGAGCGAUUGCUGGCCAACAUGAGCUACUAGAGUAUCUCCUGUCAAAGGGGAUUGACCGUGCCCUCUGUGAUCACAAUGGAUGGACAGCAUUGCACCACGCAGCGUGUGAGGCUAAUCAAGAAACAUUUGAUAUUCUCCUCCGAGCGAACGGCAACCAGUUCUCGCUGCCCCAGAGCACAACAAACCCCCUGAUCUUGCACAGAGCGGUGGAGAAAGGUAACGUUCAAGUUAUUCAGCAACUCAUCAGCGCAGGCGCAAGCUCUUCCUCCGAUCGAAAUGGCGUGUAUCCGCUCGACCUCGCUGUCAGUGCAGGCCAUGUACAUAUUGUUGAACUCCUCCUGAAACACGGCGCGGACCCCAAUAUAGCAGCAGACGAAGAGCGUUAUCAUGCUCUUCACCGUGCCGUUGAUUCUGGGCAUGAAGAGAUCGUCCAGCUUCUUCUGGACAAUGGCGCGAAUCCACUCCUACGUGACUGUGCUGGCGAGAUGGCGAUCCAUGGCGCUUGUACUAUAGGCCACCUCGGGAUUUUAAAUCGUCUCUUUGAUGACGCAGGUGCGGAUAUCAACGCCACAGAUCCAGGUCCCUUGACGCCCCUCCAUAUCGCCGUCGAAGCAAGGAAAAUUGAUAUCGCAGCCGCACUUAUUAGCAAGGGUGCCGACUUAAAACCCUCAUGAGGGUCACUCAGGCGAGACACCGCUCCAUAUUGCUGCAAACGACCGGAACACUGAUGCUGUUUUGCUACUCAUGGAAACGGGCGCAGACCCCUUUGCAACCAAUGAAUAUGACGAAUCACGCUUGGAUAACGUCAGGUCGACUGUCGAGCAGAUUGAGGGGCCCCACCCAGGGCUUCAAAUUGAUAGCCCUGAAGCGGCAUACUUGUAUAUUCGACAAUAUUACGGCUAAUACUGAAUACUUCCGGCUUGCACUCGAGGAACCACUCGCAGCCUUCAACAGCUAACUUCAUUUUCCAUGGCGGCAACGAUGAUAUAUCUAUCAUAUUUAACACUUUGCAAUAACAUUCGUAUCGCCGGAUACUAAGCUCUAUAUCCGUAAAAUUCAAAGCUGGAUUUUAAUCACAAAGCAAUAAGAUAACGUUUUAACCAUCGGAAAGAAUGGUCGCGUAGCCUAUCAUCAUAUCAAUCAUAGCAAGGAGUUUUACCAGCGGUAAUCUUCAGACAAUGAAUGUAGACAAAUUUGAUAGACAUCCAUAUAAUUUACUUUAGCAAAUUGUAUAAUUCCUGUGAGGUUACCGCAAGAAAUAGAACUGGCAUAAGGAGGAACUCCAGUAUCAAAAUUGCUGUAAACGACUAGCUACAACUUCGUGGUUACGGUUUCAUUUCCUUAUCUACAAGAUAAUAGUCGAAGGGCUGGUAUUAUACCAAUAAACUACAGCAGAAUCGGGAGCUCAAAUUUGAAAGUAAAAAC